AUGGGUGAAUCGCGACCGAUUCAAAAGAUUCCCUCGGAACGCCUUGGUGAAAACAGACAGCAAGGGGCAAUUAUCGGAAUCUGUAUAGCCAUACUUAUAUCAAGUUUCAUUGUUUUUGUCCGAAUAUAUGCGCGGGCCAUGGUCAUUCGGCAAUUUGGUUGGGAUGAUCUGGUUAUAGUCUUUGCUAUGAUUUUCAGCUGGGCUCUUGUGCCCCCUCUAGUGAUGGUUGUACUCAGUGGAGGUGGGAGACAUCUGAUUGCAGUGGUCAACGACGAUCCCGCUGCGCUGGACAAGUUGACUCUAUGGAUGGGCAUUUCCUCAACAAUCUAUAUCAUCAAUCUCGUUGUUUGUCGAAUAUCGGGCAUUCUCUUCUACGCUCGACUGAACUCAAUGCCACGGUUUGUACUCUAUCUGCGCUUAACCUGCCUAUUUGUGGUCGCAGCAUUCCUCGUCCAAGUCGUGGUUACGAUCAUUCGAUGCCUUCCAAUCGCGGACAUCUGGAAGAAAAAGGAGAACAGUGAAAGGUGUUUUGGAGCAGCAACCAUAAGCUACAAUUCUGCGUUGACCUUAUCCGCGGAUUUGUUGGUUUUGAUUCUACCGACAAACAUUAUUCUCUCGCUGAAGGCGACCUUGAGCCGUAAAAUCCUGCUGGGGAUUAUCUUGUCCUUCGGGAUGUUAACCUCCGCCGGCCGCAUUGUCGCUGUAUUUCGCACGAUCGAUCACCCUGAUGAUAUCACAUGGUACCUUCCCGACGUCGUCAUAUGGACCGCCGCCGAAAUAUCCACUGCCAUAAUUGCCUUGUCCCUUCCGGCUCUGAAAGGGUUGUGUGGCUUUAUGCUCAAACCGCGAGUAUUGGAAAUCGACCAAACCGACUCCCACCAAUACGAUAUUCCACUCGGACGGGCAGGCGACAUAACAAGACAGGAGAUUCCGAUCGUCUCUCAUUCCUACCGCAAGGAGGGCUCAAGUCGCGGUGGUCGAAGUACCAGCCAGGAGCAGCUGUGGUCGUGA